UUAUGAUAACAUAAUUCGCGAAGCUUUGGUAAUAACCACCUGAAAGCCCUCUUUUUCUGUCCCCCUCUCUCGGUUACACAAACCCUAACCCUGAUUCGAGCUCUUCUCCUCCGCGCACAACCAUGAUCGCCCCUCAAAGUUCUCGAUCAGCCGCUUAGCUGCUGCAAAAUUCAUCCAAGAGAUCCCUCUCAAUUACUCCAUUUUUAAAGUUUCUCUCAGACGGAGCAGGUUUCAAUUCUUCGAGUUUUGCGAUUCCAUCGGCAAUUUAGAAACUUUGAUCGAUCUCUCUCUAUUUCAUAUAUUUCUCGACGGAGAUUUCAAAUUGACAAUCUAUUGCUCGCGGAAAUUGCUUUAAAAGUUUUCAAUUUCUCUCCGUACAAAGUUUCAGUUGCUAUUGAUUAGCAUCAACGGUGACGAGGAUUAUUGCUGCUUAUUGAAGAUUUUGGAUCGGAUAAAAGAUUACGGCUUCUGUCGCUUAUCUAAUUUUUGCCUGCCGACAUUAGGCAAAUUUAGGGUUCCUGAAUUAAUUUAUCGAAGCUUUGGACUUUGAAGAAAGAAGCAUCAAAUAGUUUGGUUUGUUCUUGAAGAAGAUACAUAAGAAAAAAAUAUUGCUUAAUUGCUGUAUCGUUUUGUUUUCGUUUCAAGUUGAAUAUAAGUCCGCUGUUUAUUUUUUUUGCUUUUCUGUUUUUGAUUAUAAUUCUAUUAUAAAUUAUAGUUUGACAAAAUAAUCGAAAUCAAAUGGCUGUAUAUUACAAAUUUAAGAGUGCAAGAGAUUAUGAUUCUAUUGCAUUGGACGGUCCAUUUAUAUCAGUUGGUGUCUUGAAAGAAAAAGUAUUUGAAUCAAAGCAUUUGGGCAGGGGUACCGACUUCGACCUUGUAGUCACCAAUGCCCAAACCAAUGAAGAAUAUCUUGAUGAAGGCAUGUUAAUUCCAAAAAAUACAUCUGUGUUAAUUCGUCGCGUUCCUGGAAGGCCUCGCAUGCCCAUUGUUACUGAGCAAGAGCCAAAGGUUGAAAAUAAGGUGGAGGAGACACCACUAGAGAAGAGUAGUUUUUCGGCUCCUGACUAUUCUGCCAUGAAAUAUGCUGACGAUAAUGAAUGGGAUGAGUUUGGGAGUGACUUGUAUGCAAUUCCUGAAGUAACACAUGUUCAAUCCAGCAAUACAAUUCCUGAUGCCCCCCCUACCAAUAAGGCGGAUGAGGACAGCAAGAUUAAAGCGUUGAUUGAUACACCAGCUUUAGAUUGGCAACGUCAAGGAGCAGAUGGAUUUGGUCCCGGAAGAGGUUUUGGAAGGGGUAUGGGUGGAAGAAUGGGUGGACGUGGCUUUGGAAUGGAGCGGAAAACACCUCCGCAAGGUUAUACGUGUCACAGGUGUAAGGUUCCAGGACAUUUUAUCCAGCAUUGUCCAACAAAUGGCGAUCCGAACUUUGAUAUUAAAAGAGUAAAACCUCCAACCGGAAUUCCUAAAUCAAUGCUAAUGGCAACCCCUGAUGGCUCAUAUGCGUUACCUAGUGGUGCUGUUGCUGUUUUGAAGCCUAAUGAGGCUGCUUUCGAAAAAGAAAUUGAAGGGUUUCCUUCUACACGACAUGUUGGUGAUCUUCCACCAGAACUUCACUGUCCACUGUGCAAAGAAGUAAUGAAAGAUGCUGUGUUAACUAGCAAAUGCUGCUUUAAGAGUUUCUGUUAUAAAUGUAUAAGAGAUUAUAUCAUUUCAAUGGCGAAGUGUGUAUGUGGAGCAACAAAUAUUCUUGCAGAUGAUCUUCUUCCUAAUAAGACUCUGAGGGAUACAAUCAACCGUAUAUUGGAAUCUGGUAACAGUAGUGCUGAAAAUGCAGGAAGCACGUUUCAAGUUCAAGAUAUGGAGUCAGCUCGCAAUCCACAGCCUAAGAUUCCAUCACCUACUCAGUCUGCUGCAUCAAAGGAAGAACAGAAGCCCUCCCCUACAAAUGAAGAAACUCUAAACCAAGGUUUGAAUAUAAAAUUAGAUGAAGAGAAGCCUGCUGUCUACCUACAGCAAGUCCUCGAUAAACCGAAGUCUUCUAAGGCACCUGACUUGUCUGAGGCUACCUUCGAGUCAAUGAGCAUGAAGGAGCCAGCAUCACAAAGUAGUGCUCCACUUGCUGAGGAGGAAGUGCAGCAGAAACUGGCGGCUCCUGGCGAGCUUGGUAGGAAGAAGAAGAAAAAGAAAAAGGUUCGCAUGCCUCCAAAUGACUUGUGGAAAUCCUCUCAAGAUCUUGCAAAUGAGAGUUAUAUGAUGCCUUUUGGUCCCUCUAACUUUAAUCCUUACUGGAAUGGUAUGCAACCUGCUAUGGAGAGCUUUAUAAACCCAUUUGCUGCUCCCAUGCCUUUCAUGGGUUAUGGAAUGGGUCCCAUGGAUAUGCCAUUUGGGGGCAUGAUGCCUCCAGACCCAUUUGGUGGACAGGGUUAUAUGAUGCCUGUUGUUCCUCCACAGAGGGAUCUAGCGGAAUAUGGAAGGGGUAUGAAUGCUGGACCUCCGGCAAUGAGCAGGGAGGAAUUUGAGGCUCGUAAAGCUGAUUUGAGGAGGCGGCGUGAAAAUGAGAGGCGGGCUGAAAGCAGGGAAUUCCCUAGAGACCGGGAAUUUGGUAGGGAAGUGAGCAGCGGUGGUGGUGAUGUGUCUUCAAUGAAAUCUAAAUCUGUCCAUCAACCGUCGAGGAGCAGCGGCGGCGUGGAUCAUCACCGCCAUCGAUCUGAAACGUCCUCUUCCCGCGACCUUCAUCCACCACCAUCAGCACCGGCACCACCUCGUCCCUCCAAAAGAAAAUCUGAGCACCACGACCGUGACAGAGAUAGAGACUAUGAUCACUACGACGACAGGGAGCAUGACCGGGAAAGAGAGCAUGACCGAGACAGAGAGCAUGACCGUGAGCGGGAAAGAGAGCACCACCGCCACCACCAUCAUCACCACCACCGUUCAGAAUCCACUUUAAAAGCGGCUUCCUCUGAGAUAGCCCCUACUGCUAAAGCUAGUAACACUUCAACAGCUAAAGCUAACAGUUCCACAGCCCCGGCCGCUAAAAUAAAAAGUUCCUCUGCAGCGGCAAUGGCAGCAGACAAGAAGCCCAAGAGUGUUUUCGCUCGUAUUAGCUUUCCAGAAGGAGAGUCAAAGAAACGCAAGGUAUCUUCCUCAGGCGAAGCUGCUGCCGCAGAAUCAACUGCUGGAGGAGGAGGUCCAUCUGUAUCUUCUUCUCAUCAGCAUAAGAAGUCAUCUUCCUCGGCUAAUGGUUUUUAUGAUGCUGCUGCUUCCGUAAAAACUUGUGUGAAAGCCUCUUCUGGUGGCGGAGGCAGGAAGAGUAGUAAUUCCGCCGCUGCGGAAUACGAGUCGAGCGACGAUGAAAGGCAUUUUAAAAGGAAGCCGUCGAGGUAUGAACCGUCUCCUCCGCCGGUAGUUGAGUGGGAAGAGAGUGAUGUUAAGCAUUCAAGAGGGUCGAGGGAUAGAGAUAGGGAUCGCAAAUACAGAUAGAAGCCUCGGCUUACUCAGUCAGUAGUACUCACUGGUAGUUCAGCUAAGCUGCUGUUGCCGAAGCUGAGAGGCUGAUUUAUGGCUGUACUUGUACAUGAAAUUGAGCCUCAUAUUUUGGAAGGCGAUGAUUUCUAUGCCUUCUCAUAAAAUUAAAUUUCUUAUGUUUCCAGUUUUAUUUCACUUUUUGGAUACUUAUGUUUCAUUUUCCUAAGAAUGAAUGAAUAAUUAUAUUUUCCCUCA